UUGAGCUAUUCAAAUUACUUUUAAUCGGGAAAUUUUUGCAUAAAAUGUCUGCUACACAAUCCGCGAAAUAUAACCAAUACUUGAAGGAAAAGUUUGAAGAGACUUACUAUGGCAACAAAAUCCAACAGUUCUGUGACUACUUAGGAGAAAUCGGACUUUUAAGCUCUGCAAAUGACGUUUUCAUCAUCAAAAGAAGGGCUAAAAUGGCCUCAAAAGAUAUAAAAGACGAUGAAGAGGCAGACAUUGUGUUUGAUACCAACACUAAAGAUAUUCUCGAAGGAUUUUUGGAGGAUAGAGCCCCUGAACUUGCUGAAAAUGUAGUGAAUAAUUGGCCAAACUACCUUGAUCUCCAGGCCAAAAGAGAUGAUCACUACGAAGAGCUUCGUAAAGCUGACAAACUUAAAUCUGUCUCACUGCUAAUGAAUGCCAAAAAGAGGGCAGUUUUAGCCAAAUAUAUGAACAGGUGGAAAUUCUCAAUUCUGAAUGAAAAGAUCGCUACACUACAACAUGAGAUCGAGGAGAAGGAUCAUAAAAUAGAAAGACUUCAGCAUGAUAAUAUCCAGAAGGACUGUGAACUGAGAGAAUCUAAUCAUGAAGCUCGUCAACUUAGUAUAAGGUUAGAAACAAUUCUUGCUGAGAAAAACAAGAAAAAGAAUGCUUUAGCCAGAAGGAAAAAAAUGAAGCAAGUACGUGAAGCAUCAAGAUCAUUAGCUAUUGAGAAAGCAUCUAAGAUGAAUGUAACUAACUCAGUCUGUGUAGAAGAUCCUUACAUGGUGAAUGAAGAUAAGAAGGCCCACAAGACUGGUCGCACAGGAAGUACUGCAGCUUCAAGGAAGGAUAAACGCAAAGAUUUUAUUCAAAAAGAGAGAGGAUCUGUUGACACUGUAAAAAUUCUGAGGAGGAAGAAGUUACAGAUGUCUAAAGCUAGUCACUCUGUGUGCACAGCUUCUGCCUACUCGAAGCACUUUAACUCUAAUCUUUCAUUCCAUCCAGAGAUCAAUCGGGAUGAAAGAUGGACUCCAAAAUAUGACGACCAUGACGAUCACCAGAAAAUGGUCCAAAGAAUGCAUGAUGAGAGUAGGAAAAUUGAGAGAAAGAAAAGGAUCAUGUCAAGCGAGAAGGACAGACAAGAACUAUCUGAAUGCAGCUUUACUCCCAAGCUUGUCACUAAGAAAAGAGGAAACAAGAGUACUCUAAAGAAGCUUAAAACUGAGGAUGCUAAAAAGCUAGGAGAAAGAAUGUAUGAGUAUGCUGCAAAGCAUAAAGCUAGUCUUGAUACAGUCAAGAGCAACCUCGAUAGUCAAAGAGGCCAAGAGGUUAACUUCACCCCAAAAAUAGUCAAGACUAAGACCCUCAAGAUUGACAGAUCAAAGGGAGAAGUGUAUGAUGAUCUGUACCAGGAUUUUUCUAGAAGAGUAGAUAAAAAGAAUGAGAGCAAGAAAUUAAGAAAUAAAAAGAAGAACUAUGCCAGCUUUGUCACAAAGAUACAUAUCUCAGAUCUUGGAAAACAAGGGAGUGGAAAGAAUUCUUAUGUAAAUCAAGUUAUUAACAAAGCUCCAAAGCAGAAACCUAAGCCUAAAGCAAAAGAUUCCUUCGUUGCAGUCUCCAGUAGCUCCUUCAGUGUGAAUCUCUACAACAGUCCGCUCUCAUCUACUCUUGAAGUAAAUGCGGAACCGCAGUCAGAUUCGACUAGCACUGAAAAAUAAUUUUUAUUUCAGCGUUAUGCUAACAAGUGAUUUCAGUUUUGAAAAUUAG